AUGUCACUGCUCGCACCCAGCGGCUCGGCCGCCGGAUCGUCGUCGCCUCUGGUGCCCCGCAGCCCCAGUGGCUCCUCCGGAGACGAGGCCGAGGCCCAGCAGCCGCCCUCCCAGUUCUUCCGCUCGCUGAAGCUGGGCAAGGGCAAGUCGCAGACAUGGAGCCCCGAAGACCCACCGCGCCAGCGCCACCACUCGCCGGCGGGCGGCGGGUUCCCUUCGACUUCUUCUUCGUCGUCGGGCGAGGUCAAGACCAGCUCGCCGUCGCGGGCGCGCCGGGCCUCCAAGAUGUUCCGAAAGCUCGGAGGCAGCCGCAUCGUGGCGCCCUCCAACCACCACCAUCAACACGAGGUCGCCUCGGCGUCGCCUAGCGCCGUCACACCUCCGCUCUGGCUUCCUCUUGUCGACUUCCUCUGCCGUGCCGUCGAACAACACGGCGUGGACAAAAUGGGCAUUUUCAGGCUGAGCGCGAAUGCCCGCACGGUGCGCGAGCUGCUGCAGGCCUGCGUGGGCCUCUACGAGAAGCGGGCGGGCGAGGAGGCCAUGGCACGGCUCUUCGCGCCCUACGAGGGCGAGGUGGACGUGGCCGCGAGCGUGCUCAAGGCCUACCUGCGCGAGCAGACCCAGCCGCUCAUCCCCACCACACACCACGACCGCUUCGUAUCGGUGCUGGCCCAGCACGCCUACGAGCUGCCCGACGAGCUGAAGAGCAUUCUGGAGCGGCUCACCCGAUCGCUGCACAUGAUCCAGGCCAAUCAGGAGGUGAAUCGGAUGGACGCGUCGAACCUGGCCAUCGUGUUUGCUCCGUCCCUCCUGCGAGCAGAGACGGAAGGCCUGGACAUAGUCAAGAUCCGGUCACAAUGUCAAGUGAUCGAAACAUUCAUUUUCCACCACAACCGCAUCUUUACGCCAGAGAGGGAAGAGAAGGCCCGCGAGCUUCGACUCAAAGACGUCGUGGCGGCCAUCCACGAAGUGCAUACAAACGAUGAAUGGAGGGAGGAGUGCGACGAGAGGGCCGAAGAAGCCGCAUUCGCGCGGGUCGUGUCGAAGCUCACGCAGGAAGCGGCCGACGAGGAGCACGAGGCCAUGAAGGAGCAUCGAUGGAAGAAGGAGCAUCUCGGCCCGUUCUCCUCGCUGUCCUGUCAAUUCUGCCACAAGGCCAUCUUCGGCAUCCGGCACAAGGCCAAGUGCCGAAGGAGGGCGGGCAACACGUGUAGCGGCGCGUUGGGCGUGGAGCGACCAAGCGGGACCUCGCAACCGGCCGUGGUGAUCGUCGAGGGGUCGUGGAGCCGUCCGGUCGGCAAGUGA